AUGCUUGAUGAAUUAGUAAAGACGCAUUUGGAUCGUAUACAAAAGCAAUUAGAUAAUUAUCGAAGAUAUCCACAACAGACUGAUGACAAAAUGCUUGAAAAUCAUUUAGAGCUGAACUAUGCACGAUAUCAUAGAGCUUAUGAAAAGCUUAAGGCAUUGAAACAACCUUUGGAUUCAGAUAAACAAUCUACUCAAAUGACUUCUGAAAAUCCAAAAGGUGAUAUGGAUAACUUCAUGAAAUUUAUGAUGCUUCAACAGUUACAGCAGCAAAAUGUAUUAUGGCAGUCUGCAUUACUGAAAACAUUUUCCAAAGAAGAUCGUAUACAAUACAUGAUGCAGUAUCCUCCAAUGGAUUUUAUGAGAUAUCAGAAUGCUGAUGCUGAGAAGAAACAAUUAGCAAUUGAAAGUAAAAAGGAUGAUAAACGUUCAGAAAUUUCAAGAAAUUCUUACGUAUUUCAAGAUCAUGAAAAUGCUAGAAGACUACGUAUUUUCGGUUAUAUUGAACUAUUUGCAAUCAUUAUGAAGAAGUCCGUCAAUCAGCCUCCUUUCAGCUUAUCAAAAGCAGAAAAUUUCGGUGUUUUACUACGUCAUUCAAUACAGAAUGCAGCCGAUUACUUAACAAAUGUGAAUAAUUCACUUGGAAGUAAACUGGAAUUAAUGAAUUCAGAGAAAGGCUAUCAGUUUCACUUACUGCUCGAUGCAAAGUUGGACAGGAAUAAGAAGAAGACAUUGAAAACAGAACUACUACAAUUUCUUGAUUGUAUAUUAACUGAAAUAACUAGAAACAUGAGUUACAUAAAUUUAACUGAAUCAAAUACAUUACGUGCAAUUACAUUGCUAGAAGCAAAAUUACUCCUAUUUGGUUUAAUUUUCCUUAGAGUUCUGAUAUUAAAACUGUUUUUAGGUUAUGAAUUAGGUUCGUCUAGUGAAGCUGCAAAACAGAAUAGAGUUUCAAUGUGUAGAAAGGUGAUUGCCUCAGUCUGUGUUUAUAUCUAUCGAAAAAUUAUGACUGAAAUUAUAAGUGAACGUGUUCGAAAAUCACAAGUGCCAAUACCAACAGAAAUAGAGGCAAUGAUUCUGAAUGAUACUGAAAUGAAAGAAGUCUAUCGGAUAGUCAAUGGUGCUACGUUAACAAACUUUAUUGUGAGUCAAUUAUACUUUUUGUAUUGUGUUGUGUGUGUGUUUAAACAACGCUUUCGUAGUCAAAAUGUAAUGUUAAUUUCUCCACUCCCAACAGAAGCAAUUCCCACGCAUGUCUAA